ACCUGGUCGGGUACGGCGUCGUUGUGCAUGCUAGCCUGGGUUAUAUUUUGACCCGAGAGAGACCGAGUCCACAGCUGAUAGCGCGUCGCGUACGUCGCAGUAGGUGAUAGCACGUUCCCGAGUCACGACGAACAUGAAUUUGACGCCCAGGAGAUCGUACAAGGAAAAACGCACGUUCGAACAGCGAUCUGUUAGUGCGGAGGAGAUCAGGAAGCUCCAUCCGAAUAAAAUUCCCGUCAUUGUGGAACGUUACAAAUUGGAAAAUCAGCUGCCGCUUUUGGACAAGAGUAAAUAUCUGGUGCCGGAUUUUCUAACUGUGGCGGAAUUUUGCAAAAUAAUCAGACGCCGGCUACAUCUGCAUCCGACGCAAGCUAUUUUCCUGCUGGUGAAUCAGAAAAGUAUGGUAAGCGGCGCCUUGACCAUGGCCGAGCUCUAUCAAAACGAGAAGGAUCCGGACGGUUUUCUAUACGUCGUGUUCGCUAGUCAGGAUGUAUUUGGCAAUCAUUAACUGGAACAUUAACUUUAAACCAAGUAAGAACGAAAUACCUCCUCGGCACUUAACAAUACUUUGAUAGAUGUUUAUGUGGAAUUUCGUGAGGAUUCUAUAGAUCUGCUAGCGACUCUUGUCUGCCUUUAAUUAAAAUGUGCAGAAUCUUUGUGAUCAACUUACCGUACCUGCUGGAACAAUUAAUACACAACAAUCAUACAAUUUUUGUUUUUUUUUAUUCGGGAGCUGUGUGUAUAAAAUCAUUACGGUGCUUUCUAUCCCUUUUUGACAUACGGACAAAUUACAAUUUUUGAUAUGUAAGUUAGUGUAGCAUCCACUUAGUUUACUACUAGUAAUGACGAAUCUUGCUACUAAUUUUAGCGGUGAUAGGCUAUAUAAAAAUGAUAAGGUAAUACACCCAUUGAACAUGUUAUAUGGAUGUUAUUUUAUCGCUAGGCUAAGAUAUUACGGGAGACUCUUGUCUCUCUUUCUUUUUCAAGUCCACAUACCUUCGCUUACGAUUAUUAAGAAAAAAAUUCGUUAUUUUAAUAAGUUUCAGACGUGGUAUUUGUUUAAUUUGAUUUGUACAAAUAAUGUAAUUUGCGUAUAGUAGGCCAGUCUCUCUUAGUUUGCAAUUCAUAUUAAAAAAUUUCUGUAUCGUUACUAUCACGUAGAUUUUAGAGACAUAGAGUUUGUUACCGUUACAGGAAUAUGAUUGAAAUCAAAAGGAAUUUGUGUUUGCCAGAUUAGCAGAAUUUCCGUUUUGAUGAGAUUCUGUUUGAUAUUUCCGAUUAGUACAUCACACUUUUAUGUGCUACAUACAGGGAGGUAAAUUGUAGUGUCGUCACCGUUACUUUCUUUUGCUUUUACUUUUAACAGAUUCGUAACGAUUCUUUUUUUUUUAUAGAUCUGGGAUCAUUACUGUAAUUACUACUUUAUUUAUUGUUUUACUUUUAUUAAUAUUUAAACAGAAAAAUGCAAAAGUAAAUUAUUUAGACUGAAUCUUUCCAUAUUGAAAAAAGUAAACGGAAAAGAAAUGAGUAGUUACUUUUUAAAUAACGGUAAUGAGUUACUGUUAACAAUUAAUAACAGUAACUAGUAACGGUAAUUAGUUACUGUUUUUGAUUCGAUAACGAGUGACGAUAACGAGUUAUUUUAAGAAAAGUAACUUUCCCUGUAUAUAAUAUUAAAUUGUGUAGUACUCCCGAAACUGUUUUAUGUUGCGAUAAUAAGAUAUUUUCGUAUAAUUUCGUAUUUAUACGAAAAUAUCUUGCUAUUUAUAAUAUAAAAUCAUUGUUAAGUAUUACUUUUACCACAUAAUGCUAAGACAUUGAUAAAAGUGUUCAUGUACAUAACAAUCCGCAAUGUAUAAUGUACGGUGAUAUACAUAUAUAUAUGCGUUAAAUUCUCUCGUAAAAAAUUACAUUAAGUUUUUACACAAGAUCUCCGUCAAGUUCAACGAUACACAAAGUUAUAGUUAAGUACUACUUUAAUCAGCGAACUCUUCAGGGCCACAUUUUAAGAAUAAACUCCGACGUGAAAUGUCUUCUCUCUAGGUAGGCGAACUCGCGUGCAAUAAGCCAUCUCAAAAACAUGUGUGCAAUGUCACCCAAAAAGCAAAGAAAAUGCAAAAGUUUAUUGUUAAGGGAUGAGCAAGAAAAUCAGAAGAGUGCGGAAAUUUCUGAAACUUUUUAAAUAUAUCGGAUAAAACGUGAGAACACAGUUGCGCGUUUGUACAUUGAUAUGUAGUCUCUCUGACCUUUUUUUUUUAAUUCUACUUUAUAUCGGACGCCAAUCCACAUUCGCUCUAUAUAUAUAUAUAUAUAUAUAUAUAUAUCUACUUAAUGUAAUAGCCCACAUUUUUUAUGUAAAUAUCUAUUGAUAAUACUUUCAACUUACAAAUAUAAAUACCUAAUUGUAUAAUCAGAUGCAAUUUUAAGCGUAAGAACAUAUUUCUAGUAAUAGUCCCAAUUUUUGUAAUGCAUUGUAUCGAUACGAUAUACAUUAUCGCAGCAGCGCGCUUUUACGCGAGUUGAUUUGUUUUAUUUGAUAAGUUCAUUCGUAUUCAACUUUACGUAUGUGUGCAUGUAUGAAUGUAUCGUGCAACAUACAAUCAUCGGUACAACAGAGGACGGAAUAUUUGCUAGAUAGAGAAGAGAUAGAGAAUUCGGAAGAAUAUCCUAACAGAGUCCGCUCUAGUUGCACCUUCUUUUACGCUUUCCACGCUUAAAAAAAAAAAAAAAAUACGAAAUAAGGUAUAUAUCCGAGUUUUGGAGAGAGAAAAAGAGACAAGGAACGUGGUGUAAGAGAGAGGUGCAAUUAAAACGAACGUACCUACGAUUAAAUUAAGGACCGGUAGUGAUACUAGCAGUAGUCACGUCACGUUUAGUGAAGUGGAAAGCUUAACGUGAUGAAUAUGCGGAAAAUUGUAUGUACCCCACAUUGUGCGACGUGUUUGCAAUAAACCAAUUUUUUUCAUA